AUGGACCUUUCGACAGCGGCUGCUGUUGAAAAGAAAGGAUCCGUACAUCAUGACACCCAUGCACAGCCCCCUGAGUUCAUUCAAAGACAACAUUGGAAAUACCAAAGCAUGCGAAGGGCGGAUCUAGAAAACGACACCAGCAUCCAGGAUCUUAGUAAUUGGGAGAAUCUCACAGAGAAACAGCAGGAUAUAUGGAGACCGGCGGGUGCAAUUCCAGGAGACCAAGUUCGGGCCGCGUGUGAAGCAUAUGCUGGAGGAAAGCCACUCCAGACACCUGUUGAAGAUGUUCCUUUCUUCGAACAUCGAGACUUUCCAGGCCUGCAGGUUGUUCCUGGUCUUCUGCCGCCCGAGACACAGGUUUUGUUCACGUCUUGUUUAAUGCAUCGAGAUCUCGCGGAUCCGGGCCAUAAGAUGAAUCUCCAGGCGGAUUACGACGUCCCUUACCCACCCAAAUCAUCAUCAGCAGACCCACAGCGCUUCGAUAGUUCCUUCUUCGCUCGCGAACGAGCGGCUGCUGAAGAUGUUCUUGUACCGAAGGUACCGGUCAAGCACAAACAGCUAAACAACGAACAAUUUCUGUACACGAAACUACGCUGGCUUACACUGGGUGAACAAUACGACUGGCCAACGCGCAGUUACGCAAAACAUGCCACGCCUUUCCCAGCGGACCUUUCAACCCUCGUUACUGGCCUGUUUCCACACAUACGCCCGGAAUCCGGAGUCGUCUUGAUGUACGGAGCGAAAGAUUUCAUGCCUGUACAUCGCGAUGUCAGUGAGCAGUGCCAACGCGCCCUUGCUAGUUUCAGCGUAGGUUGUGAUGGUAUUUUCAUCAUGGCUCGAGGAGAAGACGAAGGUGAGGGGGACAAUGCGCCGAGAACCGUCGCGAUCAGGAUUCGAAGUGGAGAUGUGGUCCAUCUGACAGGCCAAGCACGAUGGGCCUGGCAUGCAAUGGCUCGAACUAUACCGAGUACAUGUCCUUCCUAUCUAUCCGACUGGCCGCUUGGUACGCCGGGCGCAACCCCGGAAGAGCAGAAAAUGCAUAAGAAGUGGAAGGGAUACAUGGGCACGAAGCGUAUCAAUGUCAGCUGUCGCCAGGUUUGGGACUGA